AUGCUCCGGUCGCUCUUGACCACGCUCUGGCCGAAGAACAGGCCCAGCUUCAAGCUCCGCGUCAUCGUGGCGUUGCUCCUCCUCGUGGGCCUGAAGGUGCUCAACGUGCAGGUGCCGUUUUUCUUCAAGUCCAUCGUGGACCAGAUGAAUGUGGACUGGGUGGCGCAGGCGGGUACCGUGGGCACCGUGAUCGGCCUGAUGGUGUUGGCGUACGGCGCUGCGCGCUUCGGCUCCGUGCUUUUCGGCGAGCUCCGCAACGCCGUGUUUGCGCUGGUGGCCCAGCUGGCAAUCAAGCGGGUCGCCAACAACACGUUCCGGCAUCUCUUGAACAUGGACCUCCAUUUCCACCUCCUGAGCCAGACGGGCGGGCUCACGCGCGCCAUCGAGCGGGGCACCAAGGGCAUCAGCUACGUGCUCCUGGCAAUGGUGUUCCACAUCAUCCCGAUCUCCGUGGAGAUCGGCAUCGUGUGCAGUCUCUUGACCUACAACUACGGCGUGUCGUUCGCCGCAGUGACCUUCCUCACCAUGGCAGCGUACUCGGUGUUCACCAUCAAGACCACCGCCUGGCGGACGCAGUUCCGGCGCCAGGCCAACAACGCGGACAACGAUGCUGCGUCCGUGGCCUUGGACUCCUUGAUCAACUACGAGGCCGUCAAGUACUUCAACAACGAGGCCUACCAGUGCGCCAAGUACGACCGCUCGCUCACGCACUACCAGAACGCGUCCAUCAAGGUCGCCACCUCUUUGGCCUACUUGAACGCGGGGCAAAACCUCAUCUUCACCCUGGCCUUGACGGGCAUGAUGUACAUGGGCUGCCACGGCGUCGCCACGGGCGCCCUCAGUGUCGGUGACCUCGUGCUCAUCAACCAGUUAGUAUUCCAGCUCCUGGUGCCGCUCAACUUCCUUGGCUCCGUGUACCGCGAGCUCAAGCAGUCGCUCUUGGACAUGGAGAAUCUCUUCCAGUUGCAGAACCACGACGUUCAGAUCAAAGACAAGGCGGGCGCGCUCCCGCUCCAGCUCGACGCCACCCGCCCUGGCACCAUCACCUUCGAGAACGUGACGUUCGGCUACCACCCGGACCGGCCUAUCCUCAAGAAUGCCAGCUUUGUGAUCCCGCCGGGCGACAAGGUUGCCAUUGUCGGGCCCUCGGGCCUGGGGAAGUCCACCAUCUUGAAGCUCGUGUUCAGGUUCUACGACGUCUCCUCCGGCCGUAUCUUGAUUGACGGCCAGGACAUCUCUCAGGUCACUCUCGAGUCCUUGCGUCGGGCCGUCGGCGUCGUGCCCCAAGACACCCCUCUUUUCAACGACACCAUCAAGGAGAAUAUCAGGUAUGGCCGCUUGGACGCCUCUGACGCAGAGGUCCUGGCGGCGGUCGAAAAAGUCAGCCUCAAGCCGCUUGUGGCAGACUUGCCCGAUGGCCUCGACACCAUCGUGGGCGAGAGAGGCUUGAUGAUUUCAGGCGGCGAAAAGCAGAGAUUGGCCAUAGCGCGCCUUCUUCUCAAGAAAGCGCCCAUCACCUUCUUCGACGAGGCCACAAGUGCUUUGGACACCCACACCGAGCAGGCUUUGCUCCGCACACUCCGCCAAUUGUUCAAGGAAAGCAAAGCAACAAACAUUCUGAUCGCCCACAGACUCAGAACUAUCGCGGACAGCGACAAGAUCAUUGUUUUGAACAAGGGUGAAGUCCAGGAAGAAGGUACGCACCAUGAACUCCUUGAAAAGGAAGACUCUCUCUACGCGGACCUUUGGAACAUCCAGGAAAACUUGGAUGUUGAGGAGGAAAUUAAUGGCGCCCAGACCUCUCCAUCCCCUCGCAUGGAAACUCGCGUAUGA